UGGCAAUGAGGGGCUGGCCUUAGCUGAGAUCUGUGGAAAAUGGUGGACAGGCGCGUCAGACAGCUGCUGUAGACGGGACUGGAUACAAGCAAUUUUAUCUCUGUAAAUCAGCGUGGAAGGAGACUUGCAGCUAUGGCUGACGCUCAACAAAUCAAGAAAACCGCAGCCAAAGUGCUGGGCUGUGUGGAGAAGGUGUCCUCCUUCGCCUCCUCCAUCGAUCCCAUCUUUGGUGUUGUCUCCUCUCUGGUCGGUGUAGCCAGAAAGGGCUUGACGGAUAAGGAGGCCCAUCCUCUGGACAAGGACUUCCAGGCCAUCCACGACAAACUGGAGAGCAUCUCCCAGAAGAACCAUCAAUGCCUGAAUAAGAUCCGCAUCGACGAGGUGAACGAAACCUUCGGCAAGUAUGAAGAGUACAUCAGGCACCAGUACGAUGCCUUCAACACCAUGGUGACAAUGGUGAAGAAAGAUCCAGACAACAGCGAGGUGCACAUGGAGACCUUUGAAAAGACAUAUGAGAGGGACAAGUCGGAAAUGGGCCUGGAUGUUUUCUACCGCGGUGUGAUCGGCACAGACGCGGUGUUUGCAAGACCCCUGCUGGAUGUGUAUUUUAAGAACUGUGAUGGAGACCGUGAAAUCAUGGAGCGCCGCUGCUCUCACAUCGCACACCUCUUCCACAUUGGCCUCAUCGCGCUGAUGGGGUACACUGCUGUUACUUACGACGAUGAAGAAGAGGUGCGUGAGAAGUGGGCUGAAAGGGUGUUAGAAAUCCAGAAGAAGAUGGAGGAGGUUCUCAGUCGGUGUGAAAGCAAGUCAUCCUGAACAGAGACUAAUAAAAGGAUGUUCUCUGACUUUGCUUCCAGCACAGAGAAGAGUCUGUAAUCUCAUGAGGAAAAAUAAUAAAUGAUGUGAUAUUAAAUAAAAACUAUCUACCGGUGUACAUACACAAAUACCAAAACCAAAGCCAUGUUAGAUGUGUGCACGGGUUUAGUUAUAGUAUCGACUGCAAUUAUGAUUCCCAAAAUGACAGUACAACUAUGCUGCUUUGUGUCACAUCUCAAUAAAUGCUGGUUUUAUACAAUCUGUUCAACUAAAUAAAUUAUUUAACUGGUUCCA